AUGUCAUUUUCAGAUUCCCUUAUUAAUAAUUAUUUUGAAUUAACUUAUUACCUUGUUACCAAAUAUAUCCAUAGUAUAUUCCCACAAAAUAAUUAUAAAUUAAAAGUUACAACAAAUGAAUCAAAAUUAAAACAAUUAGAAUUAUUCAAAAAUAAUGAUGAAAAAAUCUUAACUUUUAGUUUUACAAGUUUAUCAGAAAUUCAAUCAUUAAUUAAUUUAUUAAAUAAUUAUGGUAGAUUAGAUAAUGCUUUAAUUAAUUGGGAAUGGUUUACAAUUGAUGAAAAAAUAGAAAUUAAAUUUCCAUUAGAAACUAGUGAAAUUUCAUCAAAUUUAAUUGAAAAAUUUAAUAAAAAAUUUCGAUUAAUUGUUGAUGAUGAGAAAAAUUCAUCAAUUUUCAAUACUGAUGAUAUUAGUAAAGAUGAUGAUGAUGAUGGUCCAACUAUAGAAGAAUCAAAUACUGAUACUGAAAGUAUUAAUGCAAAAUCUCCAACUCCUGAAGUUCCUUAUAAUCCGUCGACAGCUGAAACUCAAAAACAACAACAACAACAACAACAACAACAACAACUACAACAACUACAACAACCAUAUAUACCAAGUGUAAAUUCUGCGUUUGCUCAAAAACAACAACAAACUAAAACAAGACAAAGACCUGCAGAUAUGCCUGAUUUUGAAGAUGAAUAUGAAAUUAGAGAUGCAAAUGUAAAUCAUAAUAAUCAAAUUAAUUUACCUCCAAUUGGUUCUGAUGAUUUAAAUCCACCAGGUUUACCUAAACAUCCAACUUUUCAACCUUAUUUAGAUCCAUUAAAUCAACAACAAAGUCAACAACCAUCGGGUAUGUAUCCACAUCAAGAUCAUCCUAUAUUUGGUAAAGAAUACCUGUCUCAAACUUCAAGAUUAGGUGUACCUCCUGGAGCAAGAUUUGAUGAUCCAUAUAGUGAACAAAAUUUAGAUAAUUUAGGUCAAGGUUUACCGUCAAAUUUGAGACAAAAUAUUAACAAUCAACAAGGUAAACCUAAUCCAUUUGGUAAUUUUGGACCUCCAGGUUCGGGUUCAGGUCCAGGUUCAGGUCCAGGUUCAGGUCUUGGUGGAUUUGGUAAUAAUUUUGGAGGUGGGAGUUCUGGAGGUGGAUUUGGUUUAUAA